AUGGCCACAUGGCGGACCCUAAUGGCGUACGACUGGCCGUCAAACCUGGCGACAGACAACUUGGCAGGCCCAGCACGGCCAUGGCACAAUGGACUGAGCCAACAGAAGAGCAGCCGCCAGGACGGGGAUGAGGGAGAUGACGGGGACUUGGGCGGGGAGGACGAGGGCGAGUGCGGGGAGGACGAGGGCGAGUGCAGGGAGGACGAGUGCAGGGAGGACGAGUGCGGGGAGGACGAGUGCGGGGAGGACGAGUGCGGGGAGGACGAGGGCGAGUGCGGGGAGGACGAGUGCGGGGAGGACGAGUGCGGGGAGGACGAGGGCGAGUGCGGGGAGGACGAGUGCGGGGAGGACGAGUGCGGGGAGGACGAGGGCGGGGAUUACGUGGGUCUGGUCUGGGUUGACACUACUGCGAUUCGCGGUUUAAGGUCCUGGGUUCGAUUCCUGGGGAGACCCCCGAAUUAGUCGGGAGCGCGAGAUUAUGGCUAGCUGCUGAGUUGUGGAGUUGAGGUCGCAGUUGAUGGACCAGAUUCGCACGCUAGAUUGGUGGCGAUUGCCGAACCCUCCGUCUCUUCGGUUGUUCGGGUGAAUGGAUGAGGAGGGGUCCUAGACGGCUGGACCCGCCGCCUUGGACUUACAGUUCGUAUGGCGAAGUAUAGUGUGGUAGUGGUGGACGGUGCUAUAAGAUGAUAAAUCAUAGAACUGACAAUGUGAUAAAGCGGCCCAGAAGCCUCCCACUCUGUAACAUUACAAAAUUACAUCCUG